AUGAGUAUUCUUAAGAAAAAGCGAAGCCAACUCAGAGGUAAGAUUACUCGAUCUAUAAAUAGAGCCAGAAAGUUUAUAGAAGAGGGCGCAGAGAAGCGUAAACGGAUAGAAAAAGAAAUCAUUCAGAUACGAAAGGACUUUGAGUUAGCGCGUGAGUGUCACGCUGAGAUGUAUGAGUAUGCGGGGGAAAGUCAAACCUCAACGAUGGACGAGUGGGAAGAUAUACUCACUAACGAUGUAUACGACAUCGAAGAGAUGGUCGAAACCUUUCUCCGGUCCCUCUCUGUGUCCGAACACGCUAACCCAAUGUCCUCAACGAGCGAACAGAUUUUAGAGCCUGAAGUCAAUAGUAACAUUAUCGAAUCAGCAGGAGGCAACGCGCCAGUUAGUCACGAGGAAGUCGAGAGAGCAUCAAUUCAUGAGACCAAAGCUUCGGGAACCGCGCAAUCCGUCACUAACAGCGAUAAAACUGUGUCAAAUGCCGAGAACCUGCAAAAUAUAGCGUGUAACUCUGUGACAGACGAACUGGAUUGCUCAAAGAGCAAAAUUAAUCCCAACCUGUCAUCGCCGCAAUCUUUCAACACCUGGAUAGACAAUUUAAUUGAAUUUGAAGAAACAGUUUUACCGACUAAAGUGUCUCAAAUGUCAAUCGCGGAAGCUUUGUACAAAUUAGAGUCUAGUAAGGAUAUUCCUAGUAUUGUACUUAUUAAAUAUGACGGAAACCCGCUUACUUAUGUUGAAUUUAUCGAGCGUUUCAAGCUACACAUUCAUGACCGGCCCCAUCUGUCUGACGAUUUGAGAAUGGUACAACUAAAAAUGCAUUUAAUCGGAAACGCCGAACGCGCUAUUAGUGGUCUAGGUUCGCAGGGAACAAUGUAUGCGACAGCGCUAAAAACAUUAAAGGAACAAUUCGGCCAGCCAAGCGUCAUUGCUAGAGCGUACAUAAAUAAGCUAGUAGAGAAACGGAAACUCCAGGGUGACGACAGACAAGCGUUGCAAGAAUUCUCCUUUGAUGUGGUAAACUGCGUAGCUACGUUAAAGCAAAUUAAUCACCUAGCAGAUGUCAACGCGACCGACAACCUACGCAAGAUCGUGAAAAGGCUUCCAGAUCACCUUAUUGACAAAUGGAAAGGUGUGGCAUCUGAUCUCAGAGAGAAGGGAGGUAACGCCCUCCCUUCAACAUAUAAGCAAUUUCAUCAGGAAACGCGUAAAGGCCGAAUUUGACCCGGACUUUGGCGACAUUCAGAAAUCAGAUUCUCGACGUUUUAAACCAGAUCGAAAGGGAAUUCACUCGGGUCAAAGGGAUACAAAGAAAUCGGGAAUCCAGUGUUACGUAUGUUCCGAAGACCACCGUGUAGCAGAGUGCCCGACCUUUUCCAGCUGUUCCAACGACGACAAGAUCCAACACGCCAGAGAUCAGCGAUUAUGUUUCUCGUGUUUAAACCGUGGACACGUGACGAGAGAUUGCAAAUCGAAGGAGAAAUGUGGAGUUAAAGGAUGCCCUCGCUUCCACCACCGUUUACUCCAAGUAGAUUUCCCAUCCUCUCCUACGACAACCCCCCUAAGUUCAGCGACAUCUGCGCUCGAUAAAGACAGCAUCAUGCCAGUAGUUAGAGUUCGCUUCAAGUCGGAAAACGGACGAAUUCGCGAAGGUAACGUUCUCGUAGACAGUGGUGCUGGUACUACCGUGAUUCGGACAAACUUCGCGAGGGCUCUUGGUUUGCAAGGAAAGAGAGAGAAGAUCGACAUUUCAGUUGUUGGCGGAGAAAGAAUAACGCAGAAUGACAGCAGAAGAGUUAAGUUUUGGUUAUCGCCCCUGAGUGGAAACGAAUCUUAUCCUGUCGAAGCCCACGAAAUCGACAAUACGAUCAUCAAUAUUCCUGCCCUCGACCGCACCUGGCUGAAGUCGUUCGAUCACCUGAAAGACAUCGAGUUCCCUCACCGCGCUGGUCCAGUAGAUCUGAUUCUCGGUGUUCAGUACAGCCACCUUCACGCUGAAAGCGAAGUUCGAGAAGGCCUACCCUUCCAACCACUAGGAAAGCGGACGAAAUUGGGAUGGCACGUGAUUGGUUCAGAUAAUGCGAAAGAUUCGACUGUCAGCUACGUGAACUUUGCAAAGAAAAUAAAUCUGGAGAAAUUCUACGAAUUCGAGACCGUCGGAGUACGAGCACCUGAUUGUAAUUGCCCACAAGAAACGAUGUUUCGUGAUG